AUGAAUAACUGUACGUUAAAUCUUAUUGAAUACAAUCAACUUGUAUCGUUACAAAAGCGUCAUACAAACACAUAUACAUUUGUAUUAUUCAAUGCUCGUAUUUGUCAUCUCCUUACUGUUGCACAAUGCGAAGUUUUAUACGCACCAACUUCACCUACAUAUGAGAAUCUUUCAAUUACAAUCGAUCCGUUAGUUAGUUACUUUCGUCGGUAUAUCGAAACAAUGAACCAUAAUGAGUGCGAGAAGUAUUCUAAUGAAGUACGACGAAAGUUUAUCCUAUUCAUUAUUGGAAUUCUCUUAUCUGUCCUUGUUAUCAUUCUUAAUACGAUUGUUACGCUAACAAUUAUAAAUUCAAUCAAACUACGCUCAUUUAUCACCAAUGUCUUCUUAUUAAAUCUAUCCAUCGCAGAUUUUCUUAGCGGAUGUUCAUUUCUAUAUCCAUGCGUAAUGAAUAUUCUCGUUGAAUAUGCUGUCGUUAACUACAACUCUAAUCUAUUAACGCGUUUAAAUCUAAUACGAAAUAAUUAUUACAUCUGUUUGAUCGCCUACGCUUUUAUCAUGUCCGGUAUGUUAAUGUCAGUCUCAAUCUUAUUAUCCAUCUCAAUUGAUAAAUACAUAUACAUCUUCAAACCGUAUUCUUACCAAAAAAUUAUCACGAAACGUCGUUGUCUAUUGUGGAUAUCGAGUUUAUGGUCGAUAUCAAUAUUAGUCGGCCUUCUUCCAUUACUUGGCUGGAACAAAAUGAAUCGUUGUUCGUCAUCGAAACAAGGUUUAUGCGUGCCGAAUACUUGUUUGAUUCAUAGAGUAUUUACAACUGGCUAUUGUUCAUUAUUCGCAACGAUCAGUCUUCUUGCUGCAAUCAUCAUUUUGUAUAUUUAUGUUCGAAUAUUUUUUCUCGCACGAGAUCAUCUAAUGAGAAUUGAACGCUUAAGAACCCAAUGUUCAUCAUCAGUCUACGAGCAACCAACCGCUGAAGACAAGCAGUUCGAUGAUGCCAAACACUUACAAAGGUGUUUUCCGUUGACCAUGUGUAAAAAUUUCGAUCGAUCACAUGAUGGGCGAGAACGUACAGGUCUCUUUCGCGUGAAUAUCCGUCGUAGUCUUCGCGCACUUCGAACAUUGCUUGUUCUUCUCGUCGGAUUCUAUCUUUGUUGGCUACCGUUAUUAAUCUAUUUGUUAAGUCACACAUGGAUGGAUUUUAAAAAUAAUCUCAUCAUUCAUGUUCUCAUCCUAAUCGCUAACGUCAAUUCACUAGUAAAUCCAAUUGUUUAUGCGUAUCGAUCGAAACAAUUUCGAAUUGAACUAUGGAAUGGUACAUUUGGGCGAUGUUUUAGUAAUUAUCGGUAUCGUCCGCAUCCGUCGCCGGCAGCAACCAUGGCAGCAGCAGUGGCUUGUAAAAAAGCUCAUCUUUUACCACCGAUGCAAUCAAGUAUUUGA